AUGUUAGAUAAGAAAGCAGAUAAGAACCAUACACAUGAUUUCUUCACAACUGUUGGUAUAGAAAGUAUUGAAGGAACGGUUGAAGAAACUGGUGGGGAUGCAAUAUAUUGUAAACCUCCUAACUUUCCACAAGGUUUAACAUCGGAUGACGACAUAACGACGAUGAGAAACAUUAGAUGUAAAGAUGUUUAUGUCAUGAAGGAUGAACAUAAUAUUAAAUUCACUGCUCAAGAUUUAUAUGACAAGAAAGCCGACAAGAACCAUACACAUAAAUCCUUCACUACUGUUAGAGCAGACGACAUAAUAUUGAACUUUGACCUUGGUUCAAGUGCACCAUUAGAAAAUCCAAGUACAAGCGUAAAAGAUACUCUUAACAGUUUAGAUAACAGUUGCAGGAACAUUGAAAGUCAUGCCAGAAACUUUGAAGCAUAUGAACUACCAGCAAUGUUAGAUAAGAAAGCAGA